UAGAACAGAGAGAGGCUACGUGCUGGGGAGUCCGUCCUCACGGAACAAUGAGACAGAAAGGGAUCUGCCCGCAACCUCAGUCUGCAUCGCCAGAGCACUGCUCCAUUCUUCAAUGCUCCUGGGGACUUUUACCGAUAGACAGUCCAUUUUGGAGCUAAUGAAAGUGAAGCCCCAGGAUGCAGUAAAGUUCUUUUGUGACCACCUUGAAAAAGACAUCCAGUUCCUAGCGGAGUCACUUAGUGGCAACAUAGACGAUGCAACGAUGACAGUCCACCUAUUCCUCGGAUACAUCCUCGACAGCACAGCCGACACAAAGAUGACCAUUAAAUGUAUGCAUGAAAAAGAAGACAGAGUACAAUGGGAAAGCUGCUUAAAAGCCGUAACUCAGUCGUUCUUCCAGGUGCUGGAGCAGAAACUUGCUUCUGCAAAGCAGCAGAUUGUAGAGGAGGGAGCUCACAGUUCAAAUGUUCUCCUGAAAGUAGCCUACGGCCAGUCCCCACCUUUCAGCCACCUGCCGAGCUGCGGGCCGAUCAACAUGCCCUGCAUGUGGAGAUUUGAACAGAGGAUGACAGUCCAGCGCCUGACCCAUCUGGUGCAACAAGAAAAUGGAGCAAACCCGUUCCCUGUGCUCCUGGAACUACUGUCUAAGCACCAGCAUAUCCGACACAUACGGCACCUGCCUGAAAUUCUCACUUUGCAGCGCUCUCUGAUCCACUUUUUCCAAAAUGGCGAUAUCCAUGAAGGUGAAAGGCUUUCUGUGAGAAAGUUCUUGGAACGGGACAACCUCUCAGAUGAUCAGCGUUUGACUUUUGAAAGAGCCAUACAGACUGUUCAGAAAGUGUGGAGCAAUAUAAGAUCAAGCCCCAGAAGCUCAGAAAUCAGCGUCCCUGAGGAACUGUGGUGCAAGGAGAUCAACCCUGACACUGCCAUCCUGGACCUCCUGCCAACCACUCCAUCCAUAACUUCCAUUGUUACAAGGUUCUUAAUACAGCUCCAGAACGGCUGCAUUGACACAGCUGCUCAACUCACUAAGGAAAAGCAAAGGUCUAUUUCAGCGGAAGAGGUGAAGCACGCCUCUGUGUUAAGUGUUACUGAGAGCGACUUGAUCACCAUGGCGCUGUCGAACUUCCAGUACGUACUAGAGGAAGAUGGAACCAAAACCACCUACUACAACUUUCAGACUCUACAGAGGCAAGUGAUUCACCGCUUCAUCAGCGGGAAGCCCGUCAUGAAAGCCCAGACAAUUCCGUCCAUUGCGCUGAACAAUGUGAAGACUCUGCACUCCACGAAAGCUAACGUUAGAGAACAAUUGCACCAGGAACCACUGAGCGUGAGUCUGAUGAAACGCAUCAUGGAAGAGGCCAGUUCAGUGAGCGACAUUUCCAGAGCACUCUCCACCCUGAAAGUGGCUGCGGAGUUCCUGGCCGUAACUGGAGGGGACCCAGAGCGGCUCCUGACUGAGUAUGUCAGAAAUGAGCUGAAGAUGGAGGCUAACGCAAAGCAGUUCAGAGACUUACCAGUUGUCCCACAAACGCAGCUGAAGCACAUCCUGUCUCUGUGGCAGAUCCUGUCAGCAAAGAGAUCAGCGCUACUUGUACAAAUGAACCAGAAUCCCUUCUUCCUGAUAGACAAGGGCUACCAUGAUGAGCUGGCUGACCAGGAGAGGGAGGAGCUAACAACUGCAUUAUCCACUGUCAAUAUUGAGUUCUUUAUCAUCGAGCUGCACGAAAUGAUCACAGUGGCAUUGGAAAGCUACGAUAACAGUUGGGGGAUAGUGGAGACCUUUCGAGAAUAUUUAGAAAAAGAGGAAAAAGAAGAAAAUUACAUUGUGAAUCUGAUCAGCACGGUGAGCCCGGACCUUCAGCUGAAGAACAUCAUUUCAGUGUGGAAAACUGCUGUGCUAAUCAACAAAACAUACGCCCGCUCCUACAUCCAAGAGUGAAUGGGUCCUUGAAUUGUUUCCUGUGAAUACCAAAACCAAUUACUGCACCCACCUGUAAUCCACAGAGAUUUAGGAAGUAGAGUUUCUUUAAGAAGUGAGUCUCAUCAAAUCACCAGGUCGAUGCAUCACUUGAAUCAAAAUAAGCCUUCAAUCACAUCUAAGGCCUGGGCUACACUAGCGGGGUAGUUCGAACUAAG